CACUGCCUGAUCGGUGAACCUUUCAGUUUAAUCAGCAGGCCCAGAUAUCAAAUCUGUGACUGUUUCAUAUCAAGUCAUGCCCUUUUUAGACUAACAUUGACAAAUCUGAAGCAACAAAGUCUAUUUAAGCACUGACUCUUAUCACCAGCCACAUGCAGCAGAAACACAACACCAGGGGCUUCCUGGACUCUCACCUGAGAUGAAACCCAGUCACCUAAAGCCUACAAUAAGCACUUAAAACUCCGUUUAAAAGAGAUAAUUUAGUUGCCUUGGGAUUUUACACUAUCCUUAAUGGACAAGCUGGAUGAGAAGGCCUCAAAAUAAUUCGUUAUAAAUCACACAGUUCGGUCCUGAAGACAGUGAUCGAGUCUAGAGUGGAAACACUUCACUUACUUCCUGAAGUCUGGACAGGAGGAAGACGAAAAAGGCUGUGUUUUCUAUCUCAGCGGGUGGAGAGAGGAAAUCAAGUCUCCGUGAAGCAGCGCAGUAUGGAUGAUAUAGAGACUGAGCUCAAUAUCGCAGCAGCGGCCGCGGAUUCCUCGGAGGAUCAGAGCAGGAGCCACGAAGCGAUUAAACCCGCCGUUCUGCUCCACCACUCUCAUCCAGACCCCAGAGGUUUGCUCACAGCGGUCGACUUCCUCAAGUCCAACAGAAAGUGUCUGAAUCUGAUCAGAGAAGCGAUGCUGAGGCAUAACUGGCCGCAGGCUGCGGGGUAUUUCAGCUCUUACAUUCAGACACUGGAGACUGGAACUCUUUCCCAAGUGCAUUCGAUAGCUUCUGAGAUCAUGUGGCGUUUAGGCACAGAAAUUCUGCAUCAUGUUCCCAAUUCCAGCCCUGACGAUUUCAACGCCUUUUAUGAACAAUUGAAAAACUUAGGCGUCAGAAACUACUCGAAGAUCUGUUUGGAGCAUUGCUUUCAUCUCCUGCUGAACGGCCAGAUGGAUGAAGCCAAGCGGCAGCUGUCCAUCGCAGACAGCUGGAGAUACGGCAAGCAGUCGACGGCUCAGUCCCUGAUGAAAAAGCUCUCAUCGGCGUAUUGUGGUUUUAUAUUUUAUGUUAUCUGGAGUGAGAAGAUGGCCUCUGCACCUGGGAGCGAGGAGGCCGGCAGCAACCGUGAGAUGCACAGCUACUUCAGACAAGCUUCUGUGACGCUGAAGGAGAUCGUCAGUCAGCCCGGAGUCUGGGAUCCUUUCGUGUUGAGCUACAUUCAUAUGCUGGAGUUUUACGAGGAUGAGGAGGCUGCUCUUCAGCUUCUGGAGAAUUACGCUUACAACAAGGAGUUCCCUUCCAACCCCAACGCUCACGUGUAUCUGUACCAGUUCCUCAAGAGACACCAAGCCCCCCGAGUCAAGCUCAUCGGCUCAUUAAGGAUUCUGCACUCUUUAGUCCCGAGUCACGAGCUGAUGCUGGAGCUCUGCUCUCUCCUGCUGCACACCAAGCAACAGAGCGAUCUAGAAGAAGCUCUCACCGUUUCCAUGGACCUUCUGGAGUUCUCCAGCUGGAAGAGUGACAGGAAGUCUUGGGAGUGUCUUCUGAAAAUAUUGAAGAAACUCAAAAAGAAAAAGUGCAUGAACGCUGUGAAGAAGGAGUGGAACGCCAGGAGAUCGCUCUGGCUCUCCUUUCACUACAGAAACUACAUCGGCAGGAAGGAAUCGCUCGAGAACGUCCAGCUUCUGAUGGUCAAGAGAGACGUUUUGAGGUGUUUGGGUGAAAACAACAGAGAAUACUUCAGAAUCGCUCUGAAAAUUGAGAGAGAAGGUAAACCCAAGAAAGACAGACUCGGGGAGAAGAAAGAGAAGACGGCGACUAAAAAGAAGGAAAAGAAAAAGAAGACUCUCAAUGACUAAGAAGUCCGAGGAAAGUUUAUAAUAAGUGUGUAAAUGUGAGAUUUUCUAGAUUUGUAGCUGAGAAUGUUAGGCUUGUGUGUGUACACGUGGUCUGUGUGAAUUAAAGGAAGGAAGUGCAGUGAACAGACUGUGGGUCCUGAUUGUGUCCAGCAGGGAGCGCAAGCGCUGCGUUUCUCAAACCUGUUGCUUUUCAGGAGCUAGAUGAACAUUUCAUUUUUGUCAAAAGAAUCUGAUAUCUAAUGGAUUUUCUCCUGUCGACUUAAUAUUUUUUUUUUU